AUGAGCAGAAUUGACGCCUGUGAGUGGCUGGAGGAGAGCGGCUUCCAUUCAAGCUCCUGCGAGUUCACAUGCGGGCGGGAGCGGCUAUUGGGCUGCUCGCACAUCCAUCUGCACACAGAAGGAGGAUCCACGGGGUUUUUUGGAGGUACGGGAGCCGAGUGGGGGCCGGCUGGUUUCGCAUUUGCUUUGGAGGUGUGCGUGCGUGGCGGCCUUCAGCUCGGCCACGGUGCGCGCGUAGCCCCGUUCGUGUGGCCAUCCCAAGCGUUUGUCCUCGAUGGAGCAAGUUUUGUUUUUCCCCUCAUGCACAUAGAAGGGCGAGCGAAGCAGAUGAAAGCCUGCGCGGUCCUUCCACACUGGGCCAUAUUUGAUCCUCUCGUUGGGACGGUAGCGGUCCUCCUGGUGUCCGUGCUGAAGCUGUCAGAGUGUGGCCCGUAUGGGGGAAUUUCUACAAUGAAAUCCAUCUUGGGGCAGUGA